CGGUGUUCUCCUGGUCGCAAAGAGGAAUCCCUCACUCUUCCAGGUAGCGCGGCUGGGAGGUUGCAGAGGGGCGGGGUGUUGCAAACCAAAUUCCUAAGCCUCGCUUAGAGGAUGCGGGAAGAAACGAGCAACACCCCCACCUUCUGCUGCAACAUCACAAGGGAGGAACAAUAACCUGAGAGGAGAGGAGAGGAGAGGAGAGGAGAGGAGACACCGCAGUCUGUCUGUCCUCCUCAUCCAUCCCGUUUUGGGUUUUGGCGCAGCAGCAGGCGGCGGCGUGUGCAGCUCAGCGGAGGAGGCAGGGAGGGAAGAUGUCCUCUCCGCAGGUCUCCUCGUCCCGCAGACAGUCUUGUUAUUUGUGCGACCUGCCCCGCAUGCCCUGGGCCAUGAUAUGGGACUUCACCGAGCCCGUGUGUCGGGGCUGCGUCAACUACGAGGGCGCGGACCGGAUCGAGUUCGUCAUCGAGACUGCCCGCCACCUGAAGCGGGCUCAGGGCUUCCAGGACAGCCGCUCCCCCGCGGGCGGACUGCCGGCGCAGCAGCAGCAGCAGUCGGCCGCGGCGAAGAGCCUGGCGGGGAAGGAGGCUCUGGGGCCGCUCAGCCACUACCAGGCGGACGGACAGGGGAAGUCGCAGCAGCCCGGUUUGGACCGAUACGCGCAGGCUGCGGAUAACCGGGCUCGGUUCGACUAUUCGGUGCACAGCUGCAGCAGCAGGCCGUCCAACGGGUUCGCGGGGCUAAACGGCUUCAAAGCGGACGACGGUCCGCCCGAGCUGAACCGCCAGAGUCCAAACUCUCGGAGCAAAAGCAACGGCGGGCUGGUGUCGGCACCGGCCCAGAUGACCGUGCCGCCCAACCUCAUGCCUCAGACCGGGAUGAACGGACCGAGCUCGCAGAGUUUGGCGGGAAGACCCCCUACAAGCUCCAUGGUGGUCGUCUCUCUGCCCGGCCAGGCGGGACACUCCGAGCUGAGCGGGAAGCGACCCGCCUCCGUGUCCAGCACCGACCAGGAGCGGGACAUGAAGGACAAGCAGCGGAACGCCGAGGCUCUGGCUGAGCUCAGCGAGAGCCUCCGGAACCGACAGGAGGACUGGGCGAGUAAGCCCAAGGCUGUGCGGGAAACGCUGCUCCUCCUCUCCGGCUGCACGCCCUUCGACGUCCGCUUCAAGAAGGACCACGGUCUGGUCGGCAGGGUGUUCGCGUUCGACGCCGUGUCCAAAACCGGCAUGGACUACGAGCUGAAGAUCUUCAUUGAGUACCCGUGCGGCUCCGGGAACGUGUUCUCCAGCGCCUCGGGGGUGGCCAAGCAGAUGUACCAGGACUGCAUGAAGGACUUCGGCAGAGGUCUGUCCUCCGGGUUUAAGUACCUGGAGUACGAGAAGAAGCACGGCUCCGGGGACUGGCGCCUGCUCGGGGACUUGUUACCGGAGUCUCUGCGGUUUUUCAAAGAGGCCGUGGGGGAGGACAUGCUGCCGCAGCCGUUCAUCGACGGCAGCUGCCCGCUGCUACCGACGUCUCUCGUGCUUCCAGGGCGAGGUUCGGCUUGCGGCAGCGGGAGCAGCAGCACCAGGGCCGGGGCGAGGAAGAGGAAAGCCUCCCCGGAGCCGGACUCUGCCGAGGGCAGUCUGAAGCUGACAGAGGAGCAGCAAAGGCAGCAGUGGAUCAACAGCCAAGCCGAAGCCCUCAAGCUGUCCAUGGCCGCCGGCUCCUUUGCCGGACCACCUCCCCCGCUGACCCCGGGACAUGCCAGCGCGUCCUCCGGCCGCACCACACCCCCCGAUGCCGCGGCACACCACCGGCAGUCCCCGAUGGCCGCGCUGCUGUCAGUGGCGGACACGCUCGGGAACGCCUACUCCCCCAACAAGGACAGAGACUCGGUUCACUCCACCACUUCCUCUUCCAGACACAACAGCAGCAGCCCGGCGUCUCCCCCCUCCGUGUCCGGCCAGAGGCGCCUCUCCUCGCGCAACGGGGAGAGCGGGCUGUCCGCGCCGGCGCAGUCCUCCGGUGCCAUGGACCAGGUGCCGUCUCAGAGCGUGCCCGAUUCACCGAUGGCCAACAGCGGACCUCUGUGCUGCACUAUCUGCCACGAACGCUUAGAGGACACGCAUUUUGUCCAGUGUCCCUCCGUCCCCAACCACAAGUUCUGCUUCCCGUGCUCCAGAGAGAGCAUCAAGGCCCAGGGGGCUUCUGGGGAGGUGUACUGUCCCAGCGGGGACAAAUGUCCCUUGUUGGGCUCCAACGUUCCCUGGGCUUUCAUGCAGGGGGAGAUAGCUACCAUCCUGGCUGGAGAUGUGAAGGUGAAGAAGGAGCGGGACCCCUAAGGAGAUUGAUUCAUGUCAACCUUAUUGCCAGUGGGGGUGGGGAGAGAGAAAAAUAUCAUGACAUAUCAUGACCACACAGUGGUUCUGCUGCUGAGCCUCAAAAACCCAUUUUCUAUGUGAUAGGAAGAAGAUCUUGUAUAAAAGAAAUGAGUUUGCUCCUAACUCUUAGGUCAAAACAUUUGAAGUUGUUUAAGACAGCUGCAUCUCUGACAGUUUUAUUCGAUGGCUUAAUUAUUAGCUCUGCUAUCAUAAUUAACAUAACUUUGUAGGUUGGAUUGUUGUUUCAAUGAAACCUGUGUGUUCUUUCUUUUUACUCAAUCGGAUGAAAUGAAACGAUAUUCAUCAGGUUAUUUAGACAUAAACAAUUGUUCUUUGCUUUCUUUAAGGGAGCAGGUAAAUAGUGGUUAAAAUACUGCUUUGUAUUCAUUCUUUUUUUUUUUUUUCAUGUCCCAGAACAUUUGCAGAACAUGUUUAUCGGUGUUUGAACUUUGAACACUUCAUAUACAUUUAACAGAUUUCCUAUUUAAAACGUGGUGUUAGUACUGUUAAUGCAGUGAAGGACAUAUAACAGCUUCCUCCACUACUUUGUAUACAUGUUGAUAAAGUAUAUAAAGAGUGCUUGGAUGUUUAGAUUACAGUAUACAAAAUAAAAGUGGAGUUUGAUAGUGAAGACAGUGGAGUUCCUUUUUCAUAUUAUAUUAGUAUUUCUCCCCAGUUGGUGCGGCUUGAUCAGAGAAGCUCUUGAAAAAAAUGCAGAGCUGCUCCAACCUUCCUGGGUUAUGAUGUGUUGAUGUCUGACUGUUCCUCUCUGUGCUGGAGCCCUAACAGAAUUUAUGGGUUGAAGAUACUCAAAAGGCGCAUUUCCACUACAGGGAUGUUUUCCUAGAACCAGCGUAGUUUCCUGGGGCAAUUAUCGCUCCCCCUGCAUUUCCACAGCACUUACCAGGGUAAAAGCAAAAAAAAAAAAAAAAAAAACCCUGGG